UUUGUGUAGGGAUAUUAAAUAAUUAUACACAUUCUUUUCGAGUGGAUUUAAAAUACAUUUAGUAGGGGUAGAUAGAGGGUUUGAAAAGGUGAUUUGAAAAUUGUAGCAUUUUGCUAAGUUCAAGUAUGAAGGUCACUGUAACAACACUAAACGAUGAAAUAUUUAUUCUUGAUAUCAAUGAAGAUUUAGAAUUGGAAAAUUUCAAAGCUCUUUGUGAAAGUGAGAGUGGUAUUCCUGCUCAUGAAAUUUUGAUUCUUUUUAAUGGACAACCUUUAUUGGAUCUUGAUGUGACGAUUGGUCAGUAUAAAAUUUGUGAUGGAGAUGCAGUUAUUUUACAGCGUAUUCAUCUUAAUGCAAAGGAAGAGACUAGUUCUUCUAAAAAUGAUGUACAAGACUUAGACUUUAGUUCAAUAAAGAUACCUAAAAUGUUGAAUAAUCGAUUAAUACCAGGUGGAAGCACUGUCCCUCAUGAAUUGUCACAGAGUGACGAUGAUCCAUCUAUGAUAAGAGAUAUGUUUCUAGCAAAUCCAGAUCAGUUGUCACUUUUAAAGCAAAAUAAUCCUCGUCUGGCCGAUGCCCUUUUGUCGGGAAAUCUUACAGUAUUCACUGAAGUCUUAAAGGAACAAGUCAAAAUAAGAGAAGAAAGACAAUCUCAGAGAUUACGAAUGAUGAAUGCUGACCCUUUUGAUACAGAAACACAAAGAUUAAUAGCUGAGGAAAUUCGUCGCAAAAAUAUUGAAGCUAACAUGGAAGCUGCCAUGGAAUACAAUCCAGAAACUUUUGGAACUGUAGUUAUGUUAUACAUCAAUUGUAGAGUUAAUGGUUACCCCGUUAAGGCCUUUAUUGACUCUGGGGCCCAAACAACUAUAAUGUCAGCCUCAUGUGCUGAAAGAUGUAACAUAAUGCGCCUGGUCGAUACGAGAUGGUCAGGAGUUGCAAAAGGUGUUGGCAUUCAACGUAUAAUUGGCAGGAUCCAUAUGGUUCAAAUUCAAAUUGGUCGUGACCAUUUAACAACAUCGUUUAGCGUUCUAGAAGAGCAGCCGAUGGAUAUGCUAUUGGGAUUAGAUAUGUUGAAACGACAUCAAUGUUGUAUUGAUUUAAAGAAGAAUGUUUUAACGAUUGGUACUACUGGUACUGAAACAUCUUUUCUGGCUGAAGGAGACCUUCCUGAAUGUGCUCGACUAAGUUUCAAUGUUGAUGAUUGUACAGAAGAGAAGCAAUUAAAAAAAGUAUUGGAGAAUAGUUUAAAAGAAAAAACGUUACAUGAUAUUCCAGGUGACAGCAAUGAAAAGCUACGUCAAAGGAUUUGUUAUUAAGGAGCCCUGCAAACAAAACAAACUGAAAUUAUU